GGAGGAGUGGGGUGAGGCCCGAGGAGGGGAUUCCUGGCUUCUCCCAGCCCUUCUAGAAAGAUAAAGCUCUGGUCCAUCCGUUGCCCAGUAGGCGUGAGCUUGUGACGCUAGAAGCAGGUCCCAAGUGUUCCCUCUGCUGCGCUGAGAUAGGAAACCAGCCCCUUGAAGGGGCAGCUCCCCCGGUGCCCAGACACCGCCUGCCCUUGCAGGGCCAGGACGAGAGGCCUGAGGCUCCGACACCAGGGCGGCACCCUCACCACGCCGGCCCGCACGCCGCUCCUUGCCACCCUUAGACUGGCUCGGAGCCAGUCUAAGGCUUUGUGCCCGGUGGAGGGCACCCUGAAGCAAAGCCCCUCGGCCCAGGCCUGGUGAAUCCGCCCAGAGCAGUGUCCGAGCAGUGUCCCCCCAACCCCGCGACCCCUGCUUCCAGCUGUGCGGCUUUGACGUAACUGGCUCCCGUGCAUUCAUUCAUACCCAGUGAGUCUUGUUGGGCCUGCUCGGUGACAGGCCCUGGGGUUACAAGACAAAGUCCGUGCCCUCCUGGAGUGUGCACAUAUUAAAUGCCUAUUGUGUGCCAAGCCCUGUGCUGGUUUAGGUGCCUCGGCACAGCGGUGAAUGGGACAGACAGGAUUCCUGCCCAUGGCCAUUGGCUCUGGCUCUCGUCACAGAACAUCACACGUCUGGGGCUUACGCAAUGUGUUUAUUUUCUCACGGUUCUGGAGGCUGGAGGCCGGGGAUCAGGCUGCCAGCAGGACUGGCUCCUGGAGGGCCUGCUUCCUGGUUUGCAGAUGGCCUCCACCUCCCCGUGUCCCCACAGGGCAGAGGGAGACAGAGACAGAGAGACAGAGAGACAGCGCCAGUGUGAGCACUGGCUCGUGCAAGCCCUCUGGCACCUCUCCUCUAAGGGCACUGACCCCGCUGUGGGGGCCCCACCCUCACGACCUCAUCUGACCUACUCACCUCCCAAAGGCCCCACCUCCUAGUACCUUCACCUGAGGGGUCAGGGCUUCAACCCUGCAGGGCCCCUGUGGAGCUGACAGUCUAGGGGGUGACAGCAAAGUUAGGAGUUGGGAGAAUGACAGUAUGCCGUGGGGAGAUGCACCAGCAGACACCAGGCAGCUCCUUUAGGUGGAGCAGCCUGGGGAGGCUUCUCGGAGGAGGUGACUUGCCCAGGCCAGGUCCUUGUAGGAGCAAGGCAGUGUGCUUGGGAUACACUUGGGACAAUCAGUGUCUGCCAAAUGUGCACUGUUCCCUGUGUGAUUUCAGACUCUUUUCAAAGGUGGCCUCGACCUCCCACCCAGACCCCCCCCAGGAGCACGCCUCUGCUUCACCUGUGUCAGCGUUGCUGGCUGGUGACCACGUUAGGGUAUCGCUCAGCAAAUUCACCUGCACAGACGUCUCCCAAGCUGGGAACAGGGCCUCCUCCCGCCAGACACCACGGCUGGCCCUGGGGUGACAGGCGUGGAUUGUGGGUGAGCAAUUCCGCCCCCCGGUCCUCCCCUGGAGAAGGGUGCGAAGCAGCCCCUGGGGUGAGCGAGGAUAAGUGGAAGUGCGCCUGGAACAUAGAGCAGUGGCCUUGGCGUGCACGUGUCCCACAGUCGAGGAGGAGAUGUCCAUGAGCUCCGCAGGGAAGAAUCCACCAGCUCGAACUUCUCAGGUGUGCCGGGCCGUCAGCGGGCACUGACGCACAGCAGGAACGCCGGGCAGGAGGAGCCGGUGGCGCUGUCUGGACACCAGGCCCGGGGAAGGAGGCCUUGGCCCCCUCAGCACUGGGGCGGAAGAAGAACAGUGGCUGGCUGUGAAGGAGGCGCCCUCCCUCCCCGCGCUCGGACUCGCGGCCAUGCAGUUUGGGACAGGACACCCCUGAGAGCGCAGGCACCUCCCCCUCCCGCCCCUCUGUCCUGCUGGGGGCUGCUGCCAGCCUCCCACCCAGUCCCCCGGGCAGGCUGAGCGGGGUCUCCCUCGAGGGGCGGUCCCGAUGGCCGGGCGCGGGUGGGGUGCCCUGUGGGUGUGCGUGGCGGCCGCCGCCCUGCUGCACGCGGGCGGGCUGGCCCACGGAGACUGCUGGCUGAUCGAGGGCGACAAGGGCUUCGUGUGGCUGGCCAUCUGCAGCCAGAACCAGCCGCCCUACGAGGCCAUCCCGCAGCAGAUCAACAGCACCAUUGUGGACCUGCGGCUCAACGAGAACCGCAUCCGCAGCGUGCAGUACGCCUCGCUGAGCCGCUUCGGCAACCUCACGUACCUCAACCUCACCAAGAACGAGAUCGGCUACAUCGAGGACGGGGCCUUCUCCGGCCAGUUCAACCUGCAGGUGCUGCAGCUGGGCUACAACCGGCUGCGCAACCUGACGGAGGGCAUGCUCCGCGGGCUGAGCAAGCUGGAGUACCUGUACCUGCAGGCCAACCUCAUCGAGGUGGUCAUGGCCAGCAGCUUCUGGGAGUGCCCCAACAUCGUCAACAUCGACCUGUCCAUGAACCGCAUCCAGCAGCUGAGCAGCGGCACCUUCGCGGGCCUGGCCAAGCUGUCCGUGUGCGAGCUGUACAGCAACCCCUUCUACUGCUCCUGCGAGCUGCUGGGCUUCCUGCGCUGGCUGGCGGCCUUCACCAACGCCACGCAGACCUACGACCGCAUGCAGUGCGAGUCGCCGCCCGUCUACUCCGGCUACUUCCUCCUGGGCCAGGGCCGCCACGGCCAGCGCAGCAUCCUCAGCAAGCUGCAGUCCGUCUGCACCGAGGACUCCUACCCGGCCGAAGUGGUGGCGCUCCUCCCGGCUGCCGGCCGCUCACAGCCGGGCCGCUCGCCGCCUCCGCCCCCGCCAGAGCCCAGCGACUUGCCCUGUGCCGAGGACGAGUGCUUCUCUGGGGACGGCACCACGCCCCUGGUGGCCCUGCCCACGCUGGCCACGCAGGCCGAGGCCCGCCCCCUCAUUAAGGUCAAGCAACUGACGCAGAACUCGGCCACCAUCACGGUCCAGCUGCCCAGCCCGUUCAACCGCAUGUACACCCUGGAGCACUUCAACAACAGCAAGUCGUCCACCGUGUCCAGGCUGACCAAGGCGCAGGAGGAGAUCCGCCUGACCAACCUGUACACGCUCACCAACUACACCUACUGCGUGGUGUCCAGCAGCUCGGGGCUGCUGCACAACCACACCUGCCUCACCAUCUGCCUGCCCAAGCCGCCCAGCCCGCCGGGCCCGGCACCCAGCCCCUCCACCGCCACCCACUACAUCAUGACCAUCCUGGGCUGCCUCUUCGGCAUGGUGCUGGUGCUGGGCGCCGUGUACCACUGCCUGCGCAGGCGGAGGCGCCAGGAGGAGAAGCACAAGAAGGCGGCCUCGGCGGCCGCAGCCGGCAGCCUGAAAAAGACCAUCAUCGAGCUCAGGUACGGGCCCGAGAUGGAGGCGCCCGGCCUGGCCCCGCUGUCCCAGGGCCCGCUGCUGGGCCCCGAGGGCAUGACCCGCAUCCCGUACCUGCCGGCGGCCGCCAGCGACGUGGAGCCGUACAAGCUGGUGGAGGGCGGCGAGACGCCCAAGGCCACCAAGGGUAACUACAUCGAGGUGCGCACGGGGGAGCAGCCGGAACGCAGGGACUGCGAGCUGGGCCGGCAGGGCCCCGACGGCCAGACCUCGGUGGCCGAAAUCUCCACCAUCGCCAAGGAGGUGGACAAGGUCAACCAGAUCAUCAACAACUGCAUCGACGCCCUCAAGUCCGAGUCCACCUCCUUCCAGGGCGGCAAGUCCGGCGCCGUGUCCACGGCCGAGCCGCAGCUGGUGCUGCUGUCCGAGCCGCUGGCCGGCAAGCACGGCUUCCUGUCGCCGCCGCCAUUCAAGGACGCGUUUGGCCACGGCCUGCAGCGGCACCACAGCGUGGAGGCGGCCGGGCCCCCGCGCGCCAGCAGCUCUGCGGGCGGCUCCGUGCGCAGCCCCCGAGCCUUCCGGGCCGAGGCCGCGGGCACGCACAAGGCUGGGGGCUCGGAGACCAAGUACGUGGAGAAGAGCUCGCCCGUGUCCGACGCCAUCCUCACAGUGACACCCACAGCCGCUGUGCUGCGGGCGGAGGCCGAGAAGGGCCGGGUGUACGGCGAGCACCGGCACUCGUAUCCCGGCUCCCACGCCGAGCCGCCCGCGCCGCCCGCGCCCCCGCCACCGCUUGAGGGCCUGGGCGGCCGCAAGGCGUCCAUCCUGGAGCCGCUGACGCGGCCGCGGCCGCGCGACCUGGCCUACUCUCAGCUGUCCCCGCAGUACCACAACCUGAGCUACACCUCCAGCCCCGAGUACACCUGCCGGGCGUCCCAGAGCAUCUGGGAGCGCUUCAGACUGAGCCGCCGGCGGCACAAGGACGACGAGGAGUUCAUGGCCGCGGGCCACGCCCUGCGCAAGAAGGUCCAGUUCGCCAAGGACGAGGACCUGCACGACAUCCUGGACUACUGGAAGGGCGUGUCCGCCCAGCACAAGUCCUGAGCCCCCGCGCCCGCCCCUCGCCCGCAACUCGUGAUGCCCUUGGACCAAAAAGGAUACAAGAUCCACUGCAGCUAUUCGUGACCCAGAGACUCGC